GCCGCGCGCACACACCGGGCCGGCUCCCGAGGGCUCCGGCGCGGCCCCGGGGAAGGCGAGCGGGGAGCGCGCGGCCUGCGGUCGGCGGCCCGGCGGCCGGGAAGAUGGUGUCGUGGAUGAUCUCCCGAGCCGUGGUGCUGCUGUUUGGAAUGCUCUAUCCGGCUUACUACUCAUACAAAGCUGUGAAGACGAAAAAUGUCAAGGAAUAUGUCCGCUGGAUGAUGUAUUGGAUCGUCUUUGCCCUCUACACUGUCAUUGAAACGGUGGCCGAUCAGACGCUGGCAUGGUUUCCCCUGUACUAUGAGCUGAAGAUCGCCUUUGUCAUUUGGCUGCUGUCGCCCUACACCAGAGGGGCGAGUCUAAUUUAUAGAAAGUUCCUUCACCCUCUGCUUUCUUCAAAGGAAAGGGAAAUUGAUGAUUAUAUUGUCCAAGCGAAGGAAAAGGGCUAUGAGACAAUGGUGAACUUCGGACGUCAGGGCUUGAAUUUAGCAGCUGCAGCUGCUGUCACAGCAGCAGUGAAGAGCCAAGGAGCAAUAACAGAGCGUUUGCGAAGUUUCAGCAUGCAUGACUUGACAACUAUCCAGGGUGAUGAGCCUGUGGGACAAAGACCCUACCAGACCUUGCCGGAAACAAAGAGGAAAAGCAAGCAAGCCAGCGAGUCAGCAGCCUAUGGACUUGCACUGAAAGAUGGAGGUGAGCCAACAGAUGAAGAAGCAGAGGGGCCGUUCUCGGAUGAUGAGAUGGUGACUCACAAGGGGCUGCGGCGAUCCCAGAGCAUGAAGUCUGUCAAGACCAUCAAAGGCCGCAAAGAGGUGCGGUAUGGUUCACUAAAAUACAAAGUGAAGAAGAGACCACAGGUGUAUUUUUAGUGUCUGUGAGUCACUUAUCCCAAGACAAAUAAUUGUAACAAAUCCACUUUGUUUUCAGGAUUUACACUUUAAAUCUUAAGACUGUGGCAAUGACAGCAUUGAUUUAAUGACUUUAAAUAGUUUGUCUCUUUAACAGUCACUUUUAGAUACUAACGCUAAGUGUAGUUUUGUAAGGUUUAUUAAUGUCCCUGUGUAUAGCAAAAGUCACAGAGCAUCAUGUUACCUGAUGCCGUCAGCAACAUGGAGCACCUGGGUUUAAGGAUAAACAGGCCCAGGGUAUACUUGAAAAGUCUCCGCUUUGGGAUGCACCUUCUGCCGUGCAUUGUGUUUACAUCUGUCAGUGUCGCAACUGUCACAUAAGAGCAGUGACGGCCAGCCAGCGUCGUGACUGUGGGACGGUGACAUGUCUUUACGUAAGCCUUAGAAGCUUUCCACCAUGAGCUGAAAGUGUUUGAAACAUUAUUUGAAAACCAGGUGUCCACAUGGCACUUUCCUGGCUAGUUUGCACACUUGAAAAUUGUUUACCGAUUUUACAGCUGUACAUUUACUUUAAAUUUUAUGGAUGCCGUCUUUCUUGUUGUCUGUCCUAUUCUGACAUGUCAGAAUCAUGCUUUGAAAUGCAUCAUCUCCUUUUGUUAUGGUCUGUUUUGUUUGUUAAAUUCAUUCGACUUACAGUAGAAACACUUAGCUGUUAAAUUUUUACUCUUUUGUUUUGUUUUUUGAAAUAGUGUCUCUUUUAGCCCAAGGGUGUCCUUGAACUCUUAAUCCUCUUCCUUCUUCCACCUCACAGUUGCUGGGAUAACAGGUGUAUAUUAUCACACCUGGCUAAUUGUAACUGUUUUUUAAUUAUAUUCUUGAUGUCUGGGAAGUUAUUUUAAACAUUAGCCAGUUUCCGUAAUUGAAUUUGAUGUGCUUUUUAUCAACAGCUAUUGCAUUAUUUUAGGUUUUAAAACACAGCUCUCAUGGAAGAGAGUCACAGACUAGUAUAGCCCUGAGUGUUUUCUAACUCAUGGACUGCCUAGUGCCCACACUCUGUUCUCAAGCUUGGCAGGGGCAGAUGCCAUAUAACACAGGCUCCCAAAAAAGACCACCCUCUGAAUCCGAGAGAUUUAGAGGGAUUCACCUGGGAGGCUCUUUUCAGGUUGCCGUAAUAAUUGUGCAUUGUGAACCCUAAAUAAGUAUAUUUGGAGUGAUGAAUAAUCAAAAUUUUAAUAUUAAACAAUAUUUAGUUGGGGGUUUCUGGAUAUCAUUCACACAUGAACUCUUGAUGCUACUAAUAUUUUCUGAACCAACUCACACUGUUAAUAUUUAACACCAAAUAAGAAUUCAUUUUUUUUCUCCCUCAUUUAAUCUUGUAUCUCCAUCUACUUUGCUUUGUCUCUAGAAGGAUUCUUUAAUUUCUACUCAAACAUCCAUAAAGUCACAUAAUAAGUUGUUGGAAAGGGUGUUACUGAUUUCGCCUGGACCUGUCCUGCUUAUCCAAAUGCUGUACUGCAUGCUUGGUUUUCCUGGCAGAGGCAGUGUUACCUGAUAAGGUGGGCUGAUAAAUAAAGUAAGUUACUUUGUCUCCAUGGGGACAGACUGGCACCAUUUUAUCUUUUUCAAGUCCAGUCUCAGUAUUAAACCUGCCCUUUGGAGCCAUGCUUGACAUACACAAGGCCUUGAGUUCAAUCUCAGAACGAAAACAGAACAAUAGCUAAAACAGACUUGCCUGUUCUUUAAUAAGUUUGUGUGCUCUUGGUUUUCUCUUUUUUUUUUUUUUUUUUGGCGGGGUGGGGCAAGGCAGGUCAUCUGUUUUGUAGCCUGACUAACCUGGAAUUCACUCUGUAGACCAGGCUGUCCCCAAAUUCAGAAAGAUCCACCUGCCUGUGCCUCCCAGAGGCUGGCAUUAAAGUCAUCACCACCAUGGCCAACUUGGUUUUGAAACAAAGUCUCACUCUAGCCAGCCUGAAACACACUAUGUAGCCCCAAGUUAGCCUCAAAUACAUGGACACUCUUCAUACUUCAGCCUUUUAAGUGCUGAGAUUAUAGAUGAGUACCUCCAUACCCUACUUCACAGGCUUUUUAUUUUGGGAGAAUUAUUGCCUUCACACAAAGAUGCCAUGUGACUCAGAACUAAUGCUGGCUGCCCUGCUCACUACCUUUCUCCCUCCCAGUCCCUGCCCAAGCAUGCCCCUGCUGUAGACAUACUUAUGUGCCCUUGACGCCAUCUGCCCUGCCCCACUUUGGUCCUGCCUCCAUCGUCGCAUGCCCUUUUCUUUCAACUUUGUGUACUGAGCUAAAGCGGUGUUUUGUUUUGUUUCUCUUAUAAUGGAGCGGGUCAGGUUGUCUGUUUCUCUGGUUUUGAGUCUGAUGGUUUUUAGGUUGGUUGAUUUGUUGGGGGGUUUUUGUUUGUUUGUUUGUUUGGUUGGUUGGUUGGUUUUGGUUUUGGUUUUUUGAGGCAGGGUUUUUCUACAUAGCCCUGGCUGUCAUGGAACUCCCCCUGUAGACCAGGCUGGCCUCAAACUCACAGAGAUCUGCCUGCUUCUGCCUUCCCAAGUGCUGGGAUUAUAGUUGUACACCACUGCCACCAAGCUAGUCUGCUGAUUUUUUAAGAUAUGUAAAUUUAUUCAUAGACCACAGUGCCUUAUUUUACCCCCACUACAAUUGGGGCACCAGCAUGCAAUGCACAAACCUGUUUGGGGCACUGUUUCUCUGCCUGUCGACCUCUAUCUAAAAAUUACAACCUGGUAGUAUUUUAUUUUACUGUCCACUCAUUCAGUGUGAUAACUAAUACUUAACUAUUCCCUAUACUUAACAGUUGUUUCAGUAUAAGACUUCAUAUAGUCUGUGUUGUAUCUCUGUUUUCUAUUUCCUUUCUGGGAUUAGAAGGAGCCCUGAGUACUGCUGGACAGACAGCUCAGUACUUUUAAGAAUGCAUACUGCUCUCGCAGAGGACCUGUUCAGUGCACCUGGUAGUUAGGUGCCCUGGUAGUUAGUCUACAGCUGCCUGUAGCUCCAGCUCCAGGGGACACCAUGCCUUCUUCUGAUUUCCGGGGAUACCUGCAUGCAUGUGAACAUAGCUUCUCACGGAUCCACAUACACAUACUUUAAAACAAAAUAAAUCUGUGAAACACAAAAAGGAACCAGAAAUGAGCUGAUAUAAACAAUGAUAUAAACCCACCUCUCUCCCACCAUAUUCCUUCCACAUGCAGCACAGUGUGUUUUAUAUGGCUAAAAUAAAAAGAUACUGCUACCGUUGCUGGUAGGAAGCUCUUUCCUGCACGGAUGGAUGGAAGUGAACUAACUACUCGUGUGUUUUCAGGGAUCUCAUUCCAUGUGUCACCACCAAAGACUUCCACAGUGUUACACAGCAUGUAAAUGCUCUAAGAUUAUGUCAAACAUUGGUUAAAUGUAUCUUUCUUUUUUGUACUUUUGGAGAAAUACGUAAACCUUUAUGAUAUUGCUAUGAUACUGUCUUAUGAAAUUAUAAGUGUUUUUUAAUUGGAAUAGGCUAAAUUUUUAUGUAGUAUCUUACAUUGGAAAAACUAAGGAAAUUUAAGUAGAUCUAAAUAUAGAAAUCUGAAUACAGAUUCCAAAGCUAUUUCCUCUGUCCUCUCCUUUUUAGGCUGAUUUAUUUGUGAAACAGGUAAAUUUUGAGAAGAUUGUUGCUUUGUGAUUUGUAGUAUUUCUUAAGAAACAUACCCUAAGAUUAAAGUUUUCUGAAAAGAAAAUCUUUUUUCCCUAAGUACUUUUAAGAUUAGCCUUUUAAGGGUAAUUCUGCUGACUGACCCUUUUUAAAUAUUGUAUAUUAACCCUUUUUGAGCAUUGACUUUGACUUAACAUUGUUUUUCUUCUAAUAUUUUUUUAACUCUGUGUACUUUAAUACGUUAAGCGAAAAUAAUUUUAUAAAAUCUCUUUGUUAAAGCUGUCCUUGGGCCCCAUAUGUGGGUGACUCUACAAGUGUAUUUUGGGAAAUUUUUACAAUAAAGUAAACUCAUUAUAUUAGUGGCAA